AUGGAGAUGAAAAGAAUGAUUGUAUUUACGGUGAUGAUGCUUACGAUCGGAAAUCUUUUAGUUGAAUCGGAAGUUAUAAACAGACGUUGGGGAGAUUGUUUCAAGAUUUGUUAUAACGUGUGUAUCAGUAGUGCAAUACGAGAUAAACUCGGAUGUUUCGCUAGAUGUGAAGCACAAUGUGGGCCACCAAAUGAAAUCAAUUGUGCUAAUCAUCCCUGUGUUUCUGCUCAAGAUCCGACAGAAAAAGAGAUCGAUGUGAAGAAGACAAAAGACUUUGUGAAUUAA